GAGGUCUUUACUUGAGAAAUGGAAUCCCAACACCAAUACUUUCUUGUUUUCUUCUGGUGAGCGUACCAUUACCCUCCUCGAUAUGCAUCAGAUGGCAGGUUUGCCGCUUGACGGUGAACCUUAUGAAGAAUUUGUUCCACCAUCACAUGAGCUAGAAGGUUCAUCGCUUUUGUACCCAAAGUUUCUAUCACGACUCUUAGAUAUCUGGACCAAGCUUGCUAUAGGCAACCAGGUUGGUUUCAAAGAUUGGUGCGACUUCUUCCACAAUCGUGAGUAUGAUUGUUUUCUUAUAGAAAGUCUAGAAGAUGAAAGAAUAUAUACUGCUGCUUUCAUUGCUAUUUGGCUAUGUCGCUUUGUCGUUGUUGGUGGUGGGGCAUACAUUCGUCCUGGCGUAUUGGUGAUGGCAUCAUGGAUCACCUUGGGACGUCGAAUUUCUUUGGGCCCGCCAGCUCUUUGUUCACUCUAUUACUCACUUCGGCUAAUCAGUACUCACCCAAUUGGACCUUCUUUCACGCAUAGGAUUUGGCCAGUCCAUUUCAUGAUUGGAUGGAUAGGUAUAUACCUCAAAAAGCCUUUUGGAAACAGGGUGAAAACACCAAAUUUCCCAUCCUCUAGGAAUUUAAUAGUAAAGCCUCGUAUGGUGGAUACUAUGUUCAAAACACCCAAGCCUUUUGCUCCGGAGCAAGCACAUGCUUUCCUUGAGAAUCGUCAUAAUAUCUUUUGGUUCCCAUAUACUUUGACAAAUCCAGAUGGUUUAUUCCAGCCCAAAAAGGCUUUCCUAAUCUCGAUUCGACGGGGAAUGCUUCCUUGGAGGCGUGGCUGUUUGGAGAAUGAUGCUUGCAUAGCUGAACCGUAUCAUCCAGAUCGAGUAGCACAACAAUUCCGUUUUGACCAAGUCGUGCCUUUCUCUCCUCUACAAAGCUUAUAUACGACUGACGAGAUUGGAAUUGCUCAUGCUUUUUGGCUGCAUUUGCUCUCACUGGAUCCGGCGUUCAAAUAUUUUCCGAAUGAUAAUCGAGUCACGGACUCUUCUGUGGCGUGGGCUAAUUGGUGGAGAAAUUUUGUGAAACCUUUUGCCCGUAUUUCAAAUUCUCUUUGCAAUGGCAACAUGAUGGGAAAGAUUUCUUAUGAUGAGAGGAAGAAGAGCAAGUAUGCGCUACAGCAUCAUAUCACUGCUCGUCCACUUUCUACCACAUACCUUAAGGUGGUAAAACGGGUAUGUGAUAGUCAACGAGUACAAUAUAUUACUGUCAUUGAGAAGAUAGAGGAAAGAAUCAAAAAUCGUUGGACACCGGUACUCCAAAGUUACGAGCAGGAUGUCGUUGCUGCUACUCACCCAAUACAAUCAGAUAAGCAAGGACGUCUAUCAAAUGACAAUGUUGCAGCUGUGGUUUCCUCUGCCCAACCGUUGGCGAGGUAUAAUGAACCUCCAAAGAUCACUCCCAAUACUAAUGGAAAGAGGUCUAGGCAGUCUACGUCUACCCUCACUCCUGUUGGCGAGGAUGAGAGGUUACCCUUGAAGCGAAAACUUGAUUUUUCUGCAGAGUCUGAUUUGUCUGCAUUUCCAGUGUUUGAAACUGUAACGACAGAAUCAGAUUUUGGUACUUUAAUCAGCAAUGAAAAUCUUGACCGCGCGCUUGCUGGUGAAGAUGAUCACGGUUGGGAGGAUCUUUUUGACAUAUACAUGGAGAGUUAUCAGUCCGAUGGGUCUGGGAUGCCUCAUUCAUCUUCUACUUUAAAUGGGGCUCAUAAUAUUCCUGCAACCCCUAAUGAUUUUGGUUUUUCGUCAACCUUACAUGGUAGAUUGUACAUAAAUUUGACUGAUUAAUCAUGCUUAUCCACUGUAUUUACUGUCAAUAUCUUUCUCAUGAUUAUUAUGUAUAUAUAUUUCA